AUGAUGAUAGUCCUGAGUCUAGUCCCGAGUCCAGAACAGGUCCUGAUCAUGGUCCUGAUCCGGAACUACUGUGAGGUGGAUUGGAAAGGGGGCGUGGCCAUAGCUCUGAUGGACAGACAGAUCCGUCGUCGUGGUGACCAUCCCAGCUGCGUCUUCGGUGGCAACAACCACUCAUGGAGACUCUGGUGCCCCAAGGGAAGAUAUUCCGGGUCCCAUGACUCCAAGCAGCAGGUGUUGUCUGUAGCUCCAGGGGACAAUGAAGACCGUGUGGGUAUGUUCUUUGACGUUUUAUCUGGAACUCUAUCCUUUUACGAAGUCCACAUUAGCCCCAGAGGACUCAAAGACCGGAAAGUCCAUCUCCACCCCUACCACGGCCCCUUCGCCUCCCAGCACCUCCCCGGCAUCGGCUUCGGACUGCGCUCCUACGGCUCAUCUGCCUUCCUCUGCGGGAUCUACUACAUCCUUUAG